AUGGAUGCCUUUAAUCUCUUGAACAAUAGGUUUAUGCAAUCAGCUAAGGAGAGAAAAUCCUUGAGGUCGAUAAACCUAAGUCAGAAAAAUCUUGAAACUUAAUCCAAAUCUAGUGAAUAUGACCUUUGGGAAAAAAAUGAUGGUUUAGACUCACCUAUGACACCUAAAAUUGAAAUCCCAAAUCAAUUUUACCCUAAAUUAAUAAAUACUGUAAGACUUUCUAAUCAAAGACUCUUAUGA